UUGAAGGGAAGCUUUAAAAUUUUUUAAUCCUAGGAUACAAAUUAAAAUGGAAGGACUGCCAUCAAACAUCAGGAGCAAAGUGGAAGAAUGGUUGCAAUGGGAUCAGAACUCCAGCACCCGGCAGGAGGUGGAAGAACUUGUGGCCCAAAAGAAGCACAAGGUCCUGGAGGGGCUCCUGCUGAGCCGCCUUGUCUUUGGAACUGCAGGCCUCAGGGCCAGGAUGGGAGCAGGCUACUCUCAACUCAAUGAUCUGGUCAUCAUACAAACGUCCCAGGGUCUGGUGAAGUACUUGUUGGAGGUUGAGCCUGAUGCUGCCAAGCGUGGCAUCGUUAUCGGGCACGACAGUCGCCACAACAGCCACAGGUUUGCAAGGCUGGCUGCCUCAGCUUUCCUACUGGGGGGCGUGAAUGUGUACCUCUUGGGCGACAUUUGCCCCACGCCUUUUGUUCCCUUCACCGUGAAGCAGCUGGGUGCUGCUGCUGGAGUCAUGGUCACAGCCUCACACAACCCUAAGGAGGACAAUGGCUACAAAGUCUACUGGAGUAACAGCGCUCAAAUUAUCCCGCCCCACGACUCCGGGAUUCAGGAGAGCAUCGAGCAGCACCUGCAGCCAUGGCCCGGCGUAUGGGACACGCAAGCAGCCGAGCAACAUGAGCGUCUGUCCGACCCCUUGGACCGCAUGGCGCCCCUAUACUACCAAGCCCUGGCCUCCUCCAUGCUUGACGUCGCCCUCAACGGCACCACGCCCCUGCGCUUCACUGUCACUGCCAUGCACGGCGUGGGGCAUCGCUACAUGAAAGAGGCCUUCAAGGCGUGUGGCUUCAAGGAUUUCGUGCCAGUCGUGGAGCAGAUGGAGCCUGACCCCGACUUCCCCACGGUGCGUUUCCCGAACCCCGAGGAGGGCAAGAGUGCCCUCGACCUCUCCUUCCGCGCCGCCGACGCUGCAGACUCGUCCAUCAUUCUCGCCAACGACCCCGACGCUGACAGGCUCGCUCUCGCCACCAAACAGGACGGCGCUUGGAAAGUGUUUACUGGCAACGAAGAAGGUGCGCUGCUGGGCUGGUGGACGUGGCAGCGCCACAAGCAGCGCAGUCCCCACACGCCUCCUGAGGACGUCUACAUGAUCGCCUCCACAGUUUCCUCGAAAAUCCUGCGCGCCAUCGCCAACAAGGAAGGAUUCAACUUCAUUGAAACACUGACGGGCUUCAAGUGGAUGGGCAACGAAGCUGUCAAGCUGCUCAGCGAGAACAAGACCGUCCUCUUUGCCUUCGAGGAGGCCAUAGGCUUCAUGGCCGGCGUUGAGGUGCUUGACAAAGAUGGCGUGUCGGCGGGCGUGUAUAUGGCAGAGCUUGCUUCGCACCUGCACACGAAGGGCCUCACGCUCCUCCAGCAGCUGCAGAUCAUCUACCAAAUGUACGGCUACCACGCCAGUCGCAACUCGUACUUCAUUUGCCACGAUGCACUCAAAAUUAAGGCAAUCUUUGAGCGCAUCAGGAACUUCUCAGGCCCCAAGACGUAUCCGGAGUCAGUGUGUGGAGGGAAGUUCGCGGUAUCUGCAGUGCGGGACCUGACCACGGGCUACGACUCCAGCCAGGCGGACGGGCGUGCCAUGCUGCCCUCGAGCUCCUCGUCGCAGAUGAUCACCUUCAGCUUCAGCAACGGCUGCGUCGUCACGCUGCGCACUAGUGGCACUGAGCCAAAGAUCAAGUAUUAUUCCGAGAUCUGCGCCAAGCCUGAACAAAGUGACUGGGCUGCACUGGAAGCCGAGUUAGAACUGCUGGUGUCGGCGGUGGUGGAAGAGCUUCUCCAGCCGCAGUUCAACGAACUCAUCCCCAAAGCUGACUAAACUUCCUCCAACGCGUCUGAACAUCGCGGCCUUUGAUCAUAUUCAUGUGAAGAAAUUCUGGCACGAACAAAACUCCUAAUCCCCUUCAAAGUUCGCUAAAGUUUAUUGAAUUCUUACAACCCUGACAACUUACAGAGUUUAGCUGAUUUCAUUUUGAUCUGAUUACUGAUUACUGCGAAUGAAGACUGCAUUCGAGGCUGAAAAUUAUCAUUUUUUAAAGAGGGUGUUUAUUGCUAAAUUUGAGCGGGUUUUUCUUUCCCGGCAUUGGGUAUCUACGGUGUUUGUAGAAAAUCCAUGUACCGUUAUUUUCCAGCACCCUUGUUUUUUUUAGAAUUGAAAGUUAAAACGUCUCAAGUUAACUCACUGGUCCUUGUAAGCAAAUUCGAACCCUUCUUCCCAACCUUUAAAAUGCGCAAAUAUUUGUCGUAGGAAACUCGGUAUUUUCGCUGCAACAUCUCGUUGUUUGUGUAGAAUGUACCUCACAAAUGUAAAGUAUUUUGACUGCUCAGCUCAGUUUGUUUGUGUAUACUCAGAAAGACAUAAUAUUUUUUCGUCUUGGUCUAUUUUUCUCAGGUGUGAUCUAGAGUGUUAUAUUUCUGGUACAGUCGAACUUUCUUAACGGCCUUUAACUCUCGUAUACCUGAUCGUGCAUUUCUCACUCGGCGCGUGUAGCCGACCGAAAUGCCCAGGCCUUUGUAGCACUGAUACGGGCUACUGAAAACUGUUCUGCUUGUACUAGGAUGAAAUCUUCCUAGCAAUGAAGUAGUUAAUCGAGUCCAGGCCUUAGACAUCAGCACAUCUAUGCUUCCAAGAGUUACUUAGAACAUUAGACGAUCGUUGUGUCUUGUUACUUAUUAACGCCCAUGUCGGAGUGUUGCUUCAUUUUUGUUUCGUUGCGCUUCAUUUGAGUUUGAAAGCAGUGUUCAUAUUAAGGUGUGGUACACGGAAAUGAUACAAUUUAUAGUAGUUAACUUAGUCGUUUUAGUGCAAUAUAGAUCAGGGUUUGAAAACCCUGUUGUUUACAUGCGUAAGAACGUAGAUUGAAUGGUGUGCGCUUUUUCUGCUGCAAUUGUCUAAAUUUUGAGAUUUUUUUUGAAUCAAUAUUUGUAUGCGAUGAGUAUUGACGAGUUGUUUAGACUUUAUUAAGACGAACUACCCAUGACUGUUCGAAAUGACUUUCUGCACGUCUGGUACUUAGUAAACGUGUUUAUCUGCCACCCGUUCUUGUUGCAAUGUUCAAGUGCUGCUCUAGAUCAAUCAACCUGUGCUUGUGUAUGUCUGCCUGCGUUCCAAAAUCUUAUUUGAUGCUUAGAAAUCAUAAAUUAUUUAUAGUCAAAAAAUGAAUGGUAAACUCAGCUGUGCCCCGCAUUGUGGUUGAGGGUAUGUUAAGAUUAGCCAGUUACAGUGAAGGUAUUUGCUUGUAUAUAACUGGAGAGGUUACCAAAGAGCAGGAAGGUUAUGUUUGAAUGGCUUUGCUUGUGAGGCUGUCUUUGCUCGUUGCUCGUUUCCUUGCUGAGUCCAACGAAUUCAAACUAUGGCAUUAUUUCACGUAUGUAUAAUUUCAAAGCCAUACUCCAUUCAUCCAUCAAAUUCUAAAAGUAAAAUUCCAGCAAGCCAAAUUAUCGAUUGUGAUUUUUGUAUUUACGUGUACUUUCGUGGUCAAGAGGUUUGUUUCCCCGAUUAUAUUCAAUCAUGGUUCCUUACUAUAAUCAAACUGAAUGGCUGAAUCUGCAGAGGAUCUCAACGUUGCUGAGUUAGCAAAAUAUCCAGCCAAAACUUGAUUUUCGAACAUCUUGUUUUAAACAUCUUGCCUCAAUAAAGUAAAUUCCAGAUAAGUAUUAUAAAAUAUUGUUUAGUGCAGGGCAUCGCACUCUUCUCGAGGUGUGCGUGAAGCCUUACCUACUACCUAACAUCAAUGCUAGUCUUGUCGUCCUCGGUAUAAAUAGUUUUAAUCGCGAGGCUGUAGACUAAAGUUGAAGCAAAGUCAGUGAUUGUGUUCUAUGAUGACUGUUAUCUUUUAGUUCUAGAACAACUUAUUGCUGUUCUAUGAUACUGGUUGUUUCCUCAAACAUUCCUGUAAUGUGCUGUGGAUCUUCUUGCCCUAGCACUAUCUAACAACCUCCUAAAUAAUUAUGCAAUCUGGAAGAUGAGCAAAAUCAUUUCUUUCGCUAGAUUUGUCACGUAUAACUUGAACGAGCAACUGAGGGAUAAAUCAUUUUGUAUUGUCUUUGUGGUUAUUUUCUUUUGCUUAAAAGCUUACGGGUGCAAGUAGCUUGUAUUAGGUAAUACGUUUUGGAAUUUUUGUGCGUUUUCUACCUUCUAAGUCUGUUUGCUUACGGCAACUGUUUUCUUAUGCCUUCGAAUUUGUGCGUUCUAUAUUAAAAACUCAGCAAAUUUUAAUGUGAGAAAUGAUCAGUUGUUCAUCAUUGCUGAACUUGGUUGCUUGUGAGCACUUCUGUCAUUUUUGAACUACGUGAUUGUAUUUGAUUAGUUAUUGAAUGAUCUUUGCUGAACUCUUCGAAUAUAUAUGAUUAGUUGUUCGUCAUUGCUGAACUCUUCGAAUAUAUAUGAUUAGUUGUUCGUCAUUGCUGAACUCUUCAGUCGUGUUGAUUGACUUUGACCGUCGCCGCAGUGACGACACUUAGUUUGUUCCCGCUGUUGCUGACGAUUUGUUUGAACCUUUGAGUUUUUAUUCAUUAUUUUAUUGUUGAAUUAUUAGUUGCAGAGCUCAUAUUCUCACGGAAUACUGUUCGCUGCGUUUCAAGCAUUCAACUUUUGUUAUAAAUUAAGGUCAUAAUGACUGAUUCUUCCCCGGUAAUUUUUUUACUAUUUACAAAAUCUUGUCACCAUUACUGAAAAGAAGUCGCAAUGCUUGCAUAAUCUCCGUCUAUUGCUGCCUUCUGUCACAAACUUUAUUUAAUUCUCUUUUGAGGCAUUCGUGAUAUUUAGAAUCAUUCCAGAAUGUUAUGUGAACAGUAUUAAUAUUAAUAAUUUUAAUAAUGCUUGCUCAAUCGAAUGUCUCUUUCUAUCCGAAAUUACAUGCAUGAAGUCCAUUUUAAGAUCUAUAGAUGACUUUGUAAACCGCUCAAAUAAUCAAACGAAGAAAAAGAACAUCCAAUGCGUUCAUUUUAGUUUGCCUCCUCGCGUUAAUUUUGUUUAUUAUUUUGUUACUGCUGAAGCGACAGCUAUUAUUGUCACUUAAAUAUUUUGUUAGUGUUCACGGAACGUCAUAAUCAGUAUAUUUGCAUUGUGUAUCUCUUAUUUCUAUAAGAGUUAUCCAUUUUCAGUGUUUGUAUUGCGUUAGUUUUGUGCUGGGUUUCUUUAUUAAUUGUCAUUAAUAUCGCGUCAUUUCGCACAUGACAUAGAUAAUUUAACCCACUGAUUCAACUUAGUUCCUCGAGUUUACCUGUAAGUUAAUUAUUUCCAACACAUAGCAGUGUAGUAACUUGAAUACCGUUGCUUUUGACGACGUUUUCGUAGAGUUUUAGUUUAAGUUAUGUUUAGCUCAGCAACGGAGCACAGUACGCUUCAUCAUUAUGUUCCUCGUCUAAAAUGUGAUUACGGAUGAUAAUAAAUUAUACGUGUUUACCUUCAA